AUGAAAGGGAAGCAGCUUGUGGAGACAUGCAUGAGCAAGUGGAGAAAGAUGGGGAGCAAAGUCAUACCUUUUGGAGGCUGCGACUACUGCUGCAAAGACCACUGGGGGUUGUGGGCUGCUGUCAAUGAAUCCAAGUCCAUUCCCAGGGACGUUCCAAAGGGCCAUCUAGCUGUAUAUGUAGGGGAAGAUUACAAGAGGUUCGUGAUCAAGAUUACCUUGCUGAAGCACCCUUUGUUCAAGGCACUGCUGGAGCAGGCUAAGGACGAGUAUGACUUCACUGCUGCCGACUCCAAGCUCUGCAUUCCCUGUCACGAGAAGAUGUUCCUCCAUGUUCUUCGAUGUGCCAGCUCCCCCCAGCAGGGCACAACUUUUCUUUGCCUGUGA